ACAACUAUUACGGUAAAAUGGGAAGCUCCCAUUCUCUCGUUUUCCCGAUGGCCGUGGUGGGUGAGUGAGUGGAAUUCGCUGGCUGCCUCACUGGGAAUUUCGUUCAAGCAGAUCAAGCGGCCACUGCCAUGGCUGAACGCCGCGCCUUCGCCCAAAAGAUAAGCAGGACUGUGGCAGCAGAGGUCAGAAAGCAAAUAGCGGGCCAGUAUGGGGGAUCCCCACAACUCUUUAAGAAUAUCAACGCUGGGGCUAUAACAAGUAACACAGUUCCACUCACAGAGGCAGUGGAGCCAGUGGAUUUUGAGGAGUACCUCAUCACUCACCCUCCAAUUGUGGAGUCAGGACCUCUUAGAGAUCUGAUUGAGUUUCCCCCAGAUGACAUUGAGGUCAUCUACACACCCAGGGACUGUCGCACAGUAGUACAAGCUGUCCCAGAGGAAGGAGACACCGACCAUCAUGUGAGAGACUGUGUCAGAUCUUAUACAGAGGACUGGGCCAUAGUCAACAGAAAAUACCACAAACUUGGCACAGGUUUUAACCCUAAUUCAUUGGAUAAGCAGAAGGAGCGUCAAAAGGGCUUGCCAAAACAAGUGUUUGAGGCUGAUGAAUUACCGGACAGCGGUAGCUACCAAGACGAUCAGGAUGACCUCAAGCGGCGGUCGAUGUCCAUUGAUGACACUCCUCGGGGUAGCUGGGCUUGCAGCAUAUUUGACUUGAAAAAUUCCCUCCCUGACUCUCUCCUCCCGCAUCUCCUUGAUCGUUCCCCCAAUGAGGAAAUUGAUAGACACAAUGAGGAUCAACGCAAAACCAACCGCCAUCGGGAACUCUUUGCUCUGCACCCAGCUCUUGAUGAGGAGGACCCCAUUGAGCGACAUUGUGUGCCUGAAGUUCCCAAAGAACACUUUGGCCAGAGGCUACUUGUCAAGUGCUUGUCCUUAAAGUUUGAGAUUGAAAUUGAGCCCAUAUUUGCUAGUUUGGCUUUAUAUGAUGUCAAAGAAAAGAAAAAGAUAUCAGAGAACUUUUUCUUUGACCUGAAUUCCGAGCAGACAAAGGCAAUGUUGCGUCCACACAUUCAGACUGCAGCCAUUUCCACGUUAGCACGGUCUGCAAUAUUCUCAAUCACCUAUCCCUCUCAGGAUGUCUUCCUGGUCAUAAAGUUGGAGAAGGUCCUACAGCAAGGGGAUAUUGGCGAGUGUGCUGAACCGUAUAUGGUCUUUAAAGAAUCUGAUGCGACAAAGAAUAAAGAAAAAUUGGAAAAACUCCGCAGUCAGUCAGAGCAAUUCUGCCAACGCCUUGGCCGAUACCGUAUGCCCUUUGCCUGGACGGCCAUCCACCUGAUGAAUAUUGUCAAUAGUGCUGGCAGUCUCGAGAGAGACACUGAGCUGGAAAUGAGCCUUUCAGAGAGAAAAGGGUCAUGGUCAGAGCGGAGGAACUCAAGCAUCAUGGGAAGACGAUCCCUGGAAAGAACUGCGAGUGGAGAUGAAUCAUGCAGCCUAACUGGUUUCAGACCUGCUACUCUAACCAUCACUAACUUCUUUAAACAGGAGGGUGAUAGGCUGAGUGAUGAGGAUUUGUAUAAGUUUCUUGCUGAUAUGAGAAGACCUUCUUCAGUGUUACGGAGACUCAGACCCAUCACAGCCCAAUUGAAGUUGGACAUUUCUCCUGCUCCAGAGAACCCGCACUAUUGUUUGACACCUGACCUCUUGCAGGUUAAACCAUACCCAGAUAGUAGAGUGCGCCCCACCAGGGAGAUUUUGGAGUUUCCUGCCAGGGAUGUGUAUGUGCCAAACACAACAUACAGAAAUCUGCUGUAUGUGAACCCGCAGAGUCUCAACUUCGCCAAUCGACAAGGCUCUGCACGCAAUAUUACAGUGAAAGUGCAAUUCAUGAAUGGAGAAGAUCCAAAUAAUGCUAUGCAGGUUAUAUUUGGCAAGUCAAGCUGUGCUGAUUUCUACAAAGAGGCCUAUACUUCUGUAGUCUACCACAAUAGAUCCCCUGACUUUCAUGAUGAGAUCAAGAUCAAGCUGCCUGCUUCUCUAUCAGACCACCACCACAUUCUCUUUACCUUCUAUCACGUCAGCUGCCAGCAGAAGCAGAACACACUACUGGAGACCCCUGUCGGAUACACAUGGAUACCCAUGCUGCAGAAUGGACGCUUGCGGACAGGGCACUUCUGUCUUCCUGUGUCUCUAGAAAAACCACCACAGUCUUACUCAGUACUUUCACCAGAUGUUCCGCUCCCAGGGAUGAAGUGGGUGGACAACCAUCGUGGGGUAUUCAAUGUGGAAGUGGUUUCUGUUUCAACAAUCCACACACAGGACCAGUAUUUGGAUAAAUUCUUUGCACUGGUGCAUGCACUGGAUGAGCACAUGUUUCCAGUCCGGAUAGGAGACAUGCGAAUCAUGGAAAACAACCUGGAAACUGAACUGAAGUCCAGCAUAGCAGCUCUCAACUCUUCCCAGCUGGAGCCAGUCGUUCGAUUUCUUCACCUUCUACUUGACAAGUUGGUUUUGCUUGUGGUCCGACCUCCAGUCAUUGCUGGACAAAUUGUGAAUCUUGGUCAGGCAUCGUUUGAGGUUAUGGCAGCCAUUGUAAACCGCCUCCAUAAGUACUUGGACACAAGCCAGGACAUGCAUGGCCGUAACAGCCUGCUUUCUUCAUACAUCCACUAUGUCUUCCGGUUGCCUAGCACUGAUCCCAACUCACCUUCACCAGGCCCCGGAGGGCUAGGAGGUUCUGUUCACUAUGCUACCAUGGCUCGAUCAGCCGUCCGACCAGCAAGCCUUAACCUAAACCGCUCUCGUAGCCUUAGCAACAGUAACCCUGACAUCUCUGGUACGCCCACCUCUCCAGAUGAUGAGGUUCGCGCCAUCAUAGGCAGUAAGGGCUUAGACCGGUCCAACUCGUGGGUACACACCAUGGGCUGUAAGAGUGCCCCUUGGGGAUCCAGCCCUGGGUCUGCUCCAGAAACCAUGCAGGCCAUGGAGCGCUGUGGCAAUCGCAUGUCUUCGCACACAGAGAGCGCCAGUUUCUUGCAAACUUUAACAGGACGGUUGCCCACAAAAAAGCUCUUUCACGAAGAACUGGCCCUCCAGUGGGUGGUGAGCAGUGGAAGUGUCAGGGAGGGCGCACUCCAACAGGCCUGGUUUUUCUUUGAGCUUAUGGUGAAGAGCAUUAUCCAUCACCUUUACUUCGCUGAACGCCUGGAGUCACCCAGAAAGAACAGAUUCCCUGAGCGCUUUAUGGAUGACAUAACAGCGCUGGUCAGCACCAUUGCCGGUGACAUUGUAUCACGCUUCCAGAAGGAUCUGGAGCUGGUUGAGCGAUUGAAUACGAGUCUUGCGUUCUUUCUCAAUGAUUUGCUGUCCGUCAUGGAUAGAGGCUUCGUCUUCACCCUAAUUAGGGUGUACUGGAAACAGGUGUCCACAAAGGUUUACGCCCUGCAAAACCCGACAUUAGAGUCUUUGAGGCUGGAUUUCUUGAGAAUAGUUUGCAGUCAUGAACACUAUGUCACCUUAAACCUGCCUUGCAGCUUGCUCACGCCACCUGCUUCACCGUCACCAUCUGUCUCUUCAGCAACUUCACAGAGCUCUGGGUUCUCCUCACAUGCCCAGGACCAAAAAAUAGCAAACAUGUUUGAACUGUCAGUACCCUUCAGAGAGCAACACUUUAUGGCUGGGCUGGUACUGUCAGAACUGUCCGUGAUACUUGACCCAGAGAAUGAGGGGAUGUUUGGUUUGCAUAAGAAAGUGGUUAGUGUUGUACACAACCUACUGUCCAGCCAUGACUCUGACCCGCGCUAUGCAGAUCCAGAAGUCAAAGCCCGAGUUGCUAUGCUGUACCUUCCUUUGAUUGGCAUUGUCAUGGAGACCCUGCCACAGCUCCAUGACUUCACAGAGUCUCUCAACCAGUGGAGUCGACAAGGUGGUCCUCAGGGCAACACUAUCGGCAGCAAUGGGGAAGAUGCUGAUGCAGAGGGAAACAGCAUAAUUAAUCAGACUGUUGCCAUGGCCAUAGCAGGCACUGCCACUGCCUCUCCAAUGUCCCGACCAAGCAGCUUCUUGUUGAAUUCGCAGGCGAAUCGUCAACAUGGAUGCUUCUCAGCCGAGUCAAGUCGAAGUCUUCUCAUCUGUCUGCUGUGGGUGCUUAAAAAUGCAGAUGAGCUGGUGUUGCAGAAGUGGUUCACAGAUCUUUCAGUAUCGCAGCUGAACCGUCUGUUAGAUCUCCUCUACCUCUGUGUCUCUUGCUUUGAGUACAAGGCCCAUGUUGUGUUCACCAUGCAGGGGAAGAAAGCUUUCGAGCGCAUGAACAGUUUGACAUUCAAGAAGUCGAAAGAUAUGAAGGCCAAGCUGGAAGAAGCCAUAUUGGGGAGCAUUGGUGCCAGGCAGGAGAUGGUGAGACGCAGCCGCGGGCAGCUAGAGCGUAGCCCUUCAGGCAGUGCAUUUGGCAGCCAGGAAAAUCUACGGUGGAGGAAGGACAUGACCCACUGGAGACAGAACAGUGAAAGAUUAGAUAAGAAUCACAGAUCACUCAGUAUAUUGCACAUGCACAUGGAUGCAGCACAAGAAACGCAUAUCAGUUGGUUUUUACUAGUCCCCGUCUUAUGCCACAAUAGCUUUGUGUUUGUUUGGGUUGGUGGUGGCUCGGUGUGGUUUGCUUUUUUAAUGUAUGUUGCUUAUUUUUAGCCUCAGGGUGAUGUGCUUUUCUUUCAAUGUAGCAGAAAAACAUGUUUGUUAUCCAUAUUUUGUGCUCAAACAAAUGUUUUAGCUACUAAAGUAAUUCAGAUCCUGCUAGUCCUGUAAUGUAGAUGAAUGCAAAAAAAAAUAGAGUACCCCUUCUUGAUCUCAAAAUCUUAAAAUUUUGAACUCCCUCAAAUGUAAGGAGAGAUUAGUGUCUCAUGUCUCAAGUAACAUUUAGGCUGGGUUGUUUUGGGAUCAAUGUAACCUGCUACAAUGGGUCCUUUUGAACUAGUUUUACUCGUUUGAACUUUUUAUUGAUUAUUAUAGUAAAUGUUUGACCAAACCAAUAUGACUAAAGAUUUUGAUGCACACUGUAGAGAAAAGUCCGAAAGAAGUUGCGAAGCGGGGUCUUUUUAUCGAUAAUUUGAUAUACACCAAUGAUCUUUGCAUUAAUCAAAAAUAAUACCUAACGUAAUUUGCAGACUAUGUAAGCCAAAAGUCCCCAAACGUUUUUGCACCACCGACCGGUGUGAUUUGGGCAUUUUUUUCACUGACCGGCAAUGUGUGGCUGAAAAUUACAGUAAAUAUAAAAUAACAUGACAGGGCUCAAAACGAACAUUAUGUGCUGGGAAAAUGUAACUCACCAUACGCUGAAUCAACCUUUUGUAACAGCAGACUCUCCAAAAUCUUGAUGGCAAGUAUCCUUGCUCGCAAUCACACCACGAGGUAUGAUGCUCUUAGUGCACUUGCUUUUGUUGCCUCGUUUGCUAGCUUUUAGCUACAUGCAGAAUGGACUUGGUUGUAGGCUCCUCUUCUGACUCAGCAGGCGGCCUUUUCCUAGUAAAAAAGCUUUCCAAAGAUGUCUGCUUUUCAGUCAUCUUCGCUAACGUGUGGAACAAAUCUGAUGCGCCUGCAUCAUUAUCGAGGACAAGCACACAUAGAUAUAAAAAAAAAAAUAAUAAUAAUCCAAGCAAAUCGACCGGAUGUACCCUGUCCGCCAUUGGUGAGGUGUGCCGCCCGCAGCACACAGCCAACAGUUAGAAUGUUACUGUUUACAUUGCUGGGCUGCUAUGGGUGAUUGCCUGGUAUACCAGACUCACCGCUGUUCCAGCGAUUGAGUCUGGCGACCGUCCGGCGGAUCAAAUUCCGAGGGCGGACAGUGUUUCCCCUAGGAUUUUUUGAAGCUGUGGUGGUGGGCUGCAUCGGAGUCGGACAGCCUCACCAUGUCGUGCCACAGCGAAUUUUUUUUUCUUCAUUUUUUCCCCCAAGAAGAACCAUAACAAAGAUAUAUUUGAAAUAUUUCAUUAGCCAGGCUAAUGUUGUACCUCUCAGCUACAGUACAUGUAUGUAAAAUGCGUAGCUGAUUACAGCUACGUUACCCGAUGUACUAAUGCGACUUUUUUUCUCGUGGCAAUAGUACGACUUACAUCUCGUAGUGACUCAGGGUUGGCAACCCAAACUGUUGAAAGAGCCAUAUUUGACCCCCAAAAAAACACAAAAAAAACUGAUACAGUAUGUCUGGAGCCACAAAAAAUUAAAAGCCUUUAACAAGCCUUAUAAUUAUCGAUACUAGCUAUAUUAGCCUACUAUAGAAAUACGUAAUUAGCCUUCAUGAUUAAAUGUUUGUUUUCCCUGCAGUGGAUCCUAUAGAGAAUGACGCACCACGUUACUACUCUGUUGUACUAUGCCACCACAAGUUUAACUUCAUUACAAUAUUAAUGAAUUGAAAGAAUGUUUGUGUCAUGUUUGUCCUCCUAGAAAUCCUAUUAAAACAAAAAAAUAUAUUUCCCUCCCCCCAUCUUUUUCCAUUUAAAAAAAAAAAAAAAAAAAAAAGCGCCGAAGCAUCGCUAAAGAGCCGCAUGCGGCCCGAGAGCCGCGGGUUGCAGACCACCGUCGUAGUCCUCCUUUUUCCUUUUAUUUGACCCUCAUAAGUACUACAUUACCACAACAAUAACAGUCCUUCUGUCAACUGACCCAUUUAGAGCACUGGGGGAAUUCUAAUAGCCGUGUAAAGAGUUUUACUUGAUUCGGUGAGAAGGUGAAUAGUUUUUUCCCCGUUGUUCGUAAACUAAAUUUCCACACAAAGGCACGUCGAGGUACCAUUAACUUAGCAAGGAGAGGUAUGAGAGUCAUUUUUCGAGUGUCCCAGAGCUCGCGAAAUUUGGGUGGGGGGGCGCAUUUAUCAAAGUUUCGUCAGCCGUAAUUGUCUGAAGUUGGCGCGCCGGUGUUGUGCCGAAAAAUAGCCACUCCACGUGAAAUGUCCCCCCUGACGGGAGCGCCCACACGUCACUCGUACAAACAGCCUUUUCUUACCAAUCGAUGGACACAGAAACGACGUUCUUGUACCGUGAAUAUGUAUCAUUUUACUCUGCUUGAACUGAUAAAUCGUUUACUGUGACCAACGCUCUGAAAAUAGAGCAAGGCUUUAUUUUGGGCCCCGCCUCUCCGCAGUCUCUCAGCGCAAGUUAGUCAAAGUUUGCUUUAGACCAGGGGUCCCCAAACUUUUUCCUGUGAGGGCCACAUAACCCUUCUCUUCUCUGAUGAGGGGCCGGGGUCAGUUUGUAACAGAAAAAGUGUGACGAUUGCAGGAGUGCCUAAAUGUAAAAAUGUAUUGUUUUUCAGAAAGCCACAAUCAAAUAACCCUUUCUGGAUUCUUCACGGAACCAAAGUAAAUAAAAUAAAAAUGAUAUAAUAUAAUAUAGUAUAAUAUAAUAUAAUAUAAUUAGGGCUGUCAAACGAUUAAAAUUUUUAAGCGAGUUAAUCACAGCUUAAAAAUUAAUCGAUUUAAUCGCAAUUCAAACAUCUCUAAAAUAUGCCUUAUUUUUCUGUAAAUUAUUGUUGGAAUGGAAAGAUAAGACACAAGACGGAUAUAUACAUUCAACAUACUGUACAUAAGUACUGUAUUUGUUUAUUAUAACAAUAAAUCAACAAGAUGGCAUUAACAUUAAUAUUCUGUCAAAGCAAUCCCUGGAUAGAAAGACUUGUAGUUCUUAAAAGAUAGAUUUUAGUACAAAUUAUAGAAAUUUUAUGU